CUUGGUCGUGUGUGAGGCUCAGUUGGGAGUAUCGAUGAGUGGCGUCAACCUAUGUAGGCGUGGUUUAUUGCUCCUGUUGCUCCACCUUGACCUCACCCCAUGCAACAGUGCUGGCAAGUGGUGGUGGUGCUUUUCUCAUCAGAAUGGCGCCUUAAUCUAAUAAAGAGGAAACCCGUGAAGUGAGGAGGAGGAGUGUGGCACCUCCCGCCCCCCCCCCCUUUAGUCUGUGUGUGGCACUGGUAGUAGCUCCCUGGCACUCACUCACCAUGGCUAACUCCUCAAGUACUCGGAUGCUACUAGUCACCGCCAACAUCGCCUCAUGCUUUGAACAGCCGGAUACCAUGCUGAAGCCAUGGAUCACGGAGUUCUUGAAGACUGUUGAAGAACAUGAUCCACACUUCAUCGCGCUCCACUGCCAGGAGGUAGGCGGAAAAAACUACGAGGAGAGCAUGCAGCACGUGGAGCACUUCAUCAGAUCGUUAUUAAACAGAGGCACGAUGCUCCCAUACAACAAGAUCAGAGUGUACCUGGACGAAGAGUACGAGUCUGCUGAAAAAUUUACAGCUCUCGGCAACCUCUAUUUUAUUCACCAAAAUGUUCAAGAUCUACAAAUUUGGGAUUUUGAGGAAAUGAAAUUCACUGAUUGCUUAGAUAGAAGAGAAUAUUCAGGGAAUAUUGAAGAUGUUAGCACCAAAGAGAAGUCCAAGUUUCCACAAGAAUUCUUUCCUGAGUGCAAGUGGUCUCGCAAAGGUUUCAUGAGAACGCGGUGGUGUUUAAACGGUACAAAGUUCGAUCUGGUGAACAUCCACCUUUUCCAUGAUGCCUCAAAUUUUAUUGCCAUGGAAGAGUUUCCAUCAGUAUACAGCCUCAACCGGAAGAGAGCACUGGAACAUACACUAGACAGAUUUCAUAAUGACAGCUUUGAAAAUGUGCCAAUCUUCCUGUUCGGAGACUUCAACUUCAGACUGAACACCCAGGCCGCUGUUCAGAAACUGACCCAGGGAUGUACAGUGGUGGACACAGAGCUGCCAGACUCAGGUGAAAAAGCCCAGGAGUUUAGGGACAACAAGGGGAAGGCUCAACUCACCAUCUCCAAGAAGUCCUUCAAGCACUUCGAUCAUCAGAAUAUCUUCCUCAAGGACAAUGGCAGCUGGCUCCACGAGUUUGACCAAGAAUUGACUCAGUUUAGUGAUAGGCUCACUGAAUUUCCCGUCAGCUUCCCUCCAAGUUAUCCAUUUAUCGAAGGUGCUGACGGUGAGGGCUCCCACUACAUGCAGACCCGGUGCCCAUCUUGGUGCGACAGAAUCAUCCUGGACAAGGCAGCUAAGAAGCUUGUCGAUGCUAGUGGAGGAAAGGUGACGUACAACCUCAUUGGCUUAAACACCACAAUGGGGGAUCAUAAGCCCGUGAGUUUGUGUGUGGAGGUGCCCAUGGGAGCAGAUGAUGGCACCCCCGUGGAUGAACCUGUGUGGCAGCUCCGGGAGCCGGGAGAGAUGACUGAACUGCCUAACCAGGAAACAGAAAAUGUGGAGGAAGAAAGUGACCAGUCUGCUACAACAUUGAGGUGUGGUCCACAGGGUAUUGUGUCCACUCACUACUUGGCUUCUGCCGCUGCCCCUCCUGACUCCCACGGUCAUGUGUUCAGGGAAACAACUGUAUAGUGUAGGACCAAUCAUCCUCGGCGUAUUACUCAAGUCUCGUCUCAAGUUCUUACUUCAAACUUGUUUUCAUUAAUCUCUCCUGUCAUAUUGCAGCCUCUUUUGGGGUUCUGACUUCAAACUUGUUUACAUUAACCUCCUCAUCAUAUCACUGAAGCCUCACCUGAGGUACUGACUUCAAACUUGUGUUCAUUAACAAAAGGGAAGUAAUUUAUUGCUGAAACUGGAUAAUUGACUGAGCUUUAAGUGAAUGAAUAUUGAACAAGGUAAUCCUCAAUUGAUUAGGUGUUCAUGUAAUCAUGCCCAUGAUUUUUUUAAUAAUUUAAUUCCAGAAAGAGUAAAUGUUUCCAGAUUUAUGUGUUGCAUUGAAUACCAGGAACACAUACAUAGUCUUUAUAUACUGUAUACAGAAGAAAUAUUACAGUCCAGUAUAGAUUAUUCUGUAUAAUACUGUAUGUGGGCCAGCAGUCUUCUUUUGGUGAAGGCCGACACCCAGUACAGUACAGUAUAUUGUUUGAGGUCAGGGUAUGCUGUAACACCACAUAAUUACCGAUAAAUCAUUUACUCAUACUGUACUGUACUGUGUACUGUACUGUUCUGUGUACUGUACUGUACUGUACUGUACUGUACUGUACUGUACUGUACUGUCUAAACCAUUCACACAUUUUAUCUCGACUCGCCAGAAACUUAGCCUUUUUUCUACUCAAUUUUAAUCUGUAAAAUAAAAUGUGUUGUUCAGUAGACCCUCAAUGUAGUUGUUGCAACACUUACAUGGGUGUGAGUAAGGCAUUAAAGGAUGAGUUCACCACAUGUUGAUCCUUGCCGUGAACCAGCAUCACAUGUGUAUUCAUCCAGAAACACAUAAAGGAACAUAGAUGUUGUUGGUCCAGGUCUGCUGCCUUAUUCCAAUUCCUUUUAUACUUUUUUAAGAGGUUUAAUAUACAUUACUUAAUUAACUUAAAAAUAUAUAUAUUUCGGCCAUGGGGGUGUACCUUAGUUGCAUGAUUUAAUUAUUAUUAUUAUUUAUUUAUUUAUUUUAUUUUAUUUUUUUAAAUUACAGUACUCUAAGGGCUAAGAAUUUCUUGGAUACAAGACCCAAAAAUAUUUGUGGUGUAUUGACCAUGCAUUUCUCAUGCUUUUUUGUUUUGAUAUACUGGUGUAAGUAAACAAGGGAAAACUGAUGUACCAAACUCGUAUUUUUUUUUAUUUUUUUUUUUUUGCCAGAUUGUCUAGAGUUAGCUAGCUCUUAAUAUACAUGUUCAACCUGGCAGGAUCUUGAGACCUGAAUGUACAAGGGGUUGCCAUACCUGUGCCAUGAUAUGUGAUAUCUAAAACUAAGAAACUGAUUUAUAGGAAGGUGUUUUUGCCACAGGAUAAAUGUGUUCAAAUUUUUUUUGGGGUCAUACUGGGUAUGUCAGAGCUUGCCAUGUAAGGAAGGCAUGCAAUAUAAUAUGUAAAGAAAGCAUUUUACCCUUUUCCCAUCAAGUGGGAACCAGGGUAUUAUUAUUAGUCGUAGUGAGUGUUUCCUUGUGUGUCAGUCAGUCACUGUACACAGAUUAGAUCAGGGAAAAUUUUUAAAGGGAGAUGGAUCUGAAGGUAACUUGGAAAAAGGUUUAUGAAUCAUUGUUCUGAAUGACUCGGAUCUGUUGUGUUACCAGGUUGUAAUUGUGUCCACACACAAGUUGUAAAGACAGAUGUAGUGUUUGCUCUUAUUUUUGCUGACUAAGUACUAUACUGUACUGCCAUAAUGCUACCCCAGCAGUGUUUUGUGACCUGGGCCAGUUUUAGGAAAUUCUGGUGAAAAUGAAGAUGUGCAUAGCAGCAGUUAUUGUGUUAUGAAUAUUUUUUUAUUUUAUGGAUAUCCAGGUCCAGAACAUUUAGGAGGACUACAGAAUUAAGAGAAUGGAGAGCGCUGGGGAUAACAGACCAGGCAUAGAUGUGGAACUUGGAUUUGACAGGAUGAGAUAGUUAAAAAUGCUGCAGUAGAAGUUACUAAAGGUAACACAAAAGUUUUACCUUUCUUAUUGGAGACUUGGGGAUCAGGAGGGAGGAAAGUUGUGUUGUUAAGCAGCACAGGUGUUAUGUGAAUAGAGCAGAGAUGAUGAGUUAUAAGUUAACAUAGAGGAAACUUUUAAUUGACAAGACUACUUCAGGAUUUUAACCAAAAUUUUUAGGGCAUUAGUCUUAUGCAGUGUUUGAUGUGUGCUCUGGUUUCACUUACUGGAAUUCAUUAAAUGAAAAACUAGCCUAGAUACAGGUAAUAAAUGUCUUGAAAUGACUGAUAUUAAUGCAAAUUAAAAAGACUAAUUCUUAUCAUCCAUUGUAAUGUUUUUAGAAAAUUGAGUAGUUCCAUUUAUAUUCCUUAAAAAAUAUGAAAGGAAAAUUUCCAAAUUAUAAACUGAUAGCUACCACAUAUAUUUUUUAUAACAUUAGGUGUUUAAAGUUUGCCAUUAUUGUACGUAAUGAUAAGUCAUAUGUAACAAGAAAUACUCAAGUUAAGAGAGGCCAGGGUAGAUGCAAGUGUAAAACUAAAUUUAAAGUUGGGGUCUUUAAGGAGCUGUAGGUUCAUUAAAGGCAAGUGAGGACAUCCUGGAUACAGAAGGAGAAAAUAAUUUGAGGUGGACACUAACCAUCAUAUGCAGCCUUCUCAUUUUGAAGUGACUGGCAGCUAAAUUACCAUCUAAUUUUCAAGCUGAGCCAUUAAGUUUCCAGUUAUUUAAUGUUUUAAAGUUUAAAGUCAUUGUAUCUGUCACUGAAGAGAAUGAGAACCUUGGGCUGGGCAGACAGUUCUUCACUAAAACCUCAAACUACAAGAGAAUCAACCUGAACGUCACUAGCUUCCUGGAGGCCACCAGGUUCAUGAGGAAUUGAACCAGGCCAAUGUAAAAAACAGCUACUAAGUUUAUACUCCUUGAAUAUCUAUCUAGUAAAAGAAUGGCAACUUGCCGACCUCAUAAAACUUGGUACUGUACAGUAAUUACAGUUGUACCGCCCGCAUCCCUGCGAGGUAAAGAAUCCUGCACCCCCCUGCCUCUAUAAUCCCUUUCUACCGUCCCACUUUAAAACUAAAUAAGAAGGCCGAUGUAGGUAAAGAAAUUAUGAGCAGUGCUAUGUCAGUGCUGGCAUUAACCAAGACUUGACAACCUUCACCAUCGUGGAUAUCCGACAGUGGCAUUUUUCUUUUGUUUGAUAUACAGUGCUGUCUGUUGUUUUGUAAUGUUAAGAAGGCUAUAAGUGACGAGCUCUGGUACCCUGGAUAUUCUGGACUAUAAAUGGAAGUGAAUCUUGGAAACUAUUCAUUAUAAUUCAGAAAUGAUGUAUUUUUGACAAAUAUGCUUUGGGAUGUUGACAAUCGUAAAUAACCAUGUCAUCAGUAUUAUGAAUUUCAAAACACAUUGUUUAGAAUUUAUAUAAAUUUAUAUGUAAAUGUUUACUUUUGUAACUUAAUAAAACAGAGUUUUUAGAAUGUAAAUAUAUACAGUAUAUAUAUACUAUAUUUAUAUAUAUAUACAGGGUGUCCCCAUAUAAAUUUGUUUCCUUUUGUGAUUCAUUAUACUUGUAGUGUUACUGAUUAAUUAGAUCCUGUAUCCGUAUAAAGUCAUGCCGUCGUCUGCAAGAAUACAUCUACAGAGUACAGUAGUUUGUGAUGGGAAAUGCGGGACCACUUGGGAGGCACACAACAUUUACCCCCUCACUCUGGAUGGGCAUGGAAGUUGUUUACUUUAUGCUCAGCAGCGAGUGUUUGAGCACUGCAGUUUCUGGAUAUAUUCCAUUUAUCAUUUCUCCACACAUAUUACAAACUAUUCCAAGAAGUGAUAGUGCUGUGCCUACCCCAGAGAACACAAGGAAACCCAUCAGUUUGGUAUUUUGAAUGAAUUUGUCUUGAAAAAUCCCUCGAACCAAACCCUGCUAUUUCAAAUAAUUUUAAUGGGGUUAUGAUCAUUUCAUUUUGUCACAUUUUCAAGAAAUAAAACGCUCCUUUGGCAUAAGUAACGACACCCUGUACAUGUAUAUAUAAAUAUGAGAUAAUCGUAAUGGAAUAAUACAAAUGGUGGUUUAAAACAUCUUUCCAGAUUGGUAUAUUUUCAUUGUAACUAAAUUAUUUAUAUAAGUAUAUCCAUCAUUUUUUUUUCUUAAGGAAUGGCAAGCUAUUUUAAAUUGGAAUUCUAACCAAAUAUGAACAUAUUUUCUGUGCCAUUUGUGGGUACAUAAAAAAGGUGCCAAUGUAGAAUAGCAUUUGUUUAUUAUUCUUUCAUAAAGAUUUAUGGCUUCUUUCUCAAAAUAUAACAUUACUUUUUAUAUAGAUAUAAUUUUAAGACACUUAAAUAUAUUAAGUGUAUGAACCUUUCAUGUUGACUGCUGUAUUGUUGCCUUUUACUAACCUUUAUUGACUCUAGCUAGAUACACUGUUUUGUAUGUUGACUUGCUGCUCAUGUGUCUGUCAUACAUGAGUCAAAGUUUAUGAAAAUUAUUUUAAUACUGUACAACAUUCAUUUUUUUCUCAAAGUGCCAACUAGUGUUGUACUUCGGGUAAAACUCGUGAAUAUGAUUUUAGAAUUGCAAUAUUCUGUCUUAAAACUCUGAGUUAGUUACAAUAAGGCCAAAAUUUUUAAUUUUAUUAAUUGAGUAAAUUUCUUUGUACCAGUACAGUAUACAGGGGGUAUACAGUUCUAUCAUUGUUAUACAUACCCAUAAUUGAGAAUUAUUUAUUGUACAUUUCCUUCUUGUUAUAAACUCUGUCAUCGUCAUACCAUAACCAAAAGUGGUGGAAAUUAUUGUACAACGUUGUGCAUUUCUAUACCUUGUAAAAUAUAUAUAUAUAUAUAUAUAUAUAUAUAUAUAUAUAUAUAUAUAUAUAUAUAUAUAUAUAUAUAUAUAUAUAUAUAUAUAUAUAUAUAUAUAUAUAUAUAUAUAUAUAUAUAUAUAUAUAUAUAUAUAUAUUUAUUUUCCCAGUCAAAUGUUAUUGUUGGUAAUUUUGAGUUUUUCCUCAUCUGAGAUAGUCUAUUUUUUACUAGUUUGAUUUAACUGAGGAUUUAUGUAUAAGGGGUUGCUGGUCAAAUGAGGUCCAGUCCUAAUAGGUCCCAAGCUAACCUGACCAAACCAUUAGGAAUGUGGCCAAUUAGGUCUUGGUUUCACUUCUAAUUGUUAGAUUGGGGCAGAUUAAGGCUAGGCCACCUUUGGUCAGUCCCUGAAUAGGGUACCACAGUGGCCUUGCUAUCUUUAAUUUUUACCUACCAUAUUCUUCACCAUUUUAGGCCUGAAUUGCACUGCUUUUGGUAUUUCAGCUGUUUUCAUAUUGUAAAACAUAUCACUAUAAAAAGUUUAUGGGCACCAUGGCUCAGUUGGUAGCACAACCCAUGAGAGAUAGGUUCUUUCUCCAGGCUAACUAUGGUCAGCAGGGUGUGCUUAGCAGCCCAAUCUUAAAGCCUUGAACUAACCCAAUUAUUCUCACCUGGCGGUUGCCCCCAUAUAAAUUGUGAAAAACAGCAUAAAGAAUGUUAAGCUUUUUUGUAAUGUUCACAAUACAGUAAUACGUAUCUGUAAAAAAAUCAAUCAUUUGUUGCAGCUGAAACUGUUAUAUCAUCAAAAUGUCAUUUUCCAUACAGUAUGCCUCACAAACACCAGCAAAACGCACCUCAUUGUUAUCUUUACCGCCAUACUCACGUUACACCAAAAUGUUUUGUUCUUCACAUCUUAUCAUACUAACCAUCAUCAAAGAUCAUUUUGUUUAUUUUAUUAUACAGUACUUAGUUGGCUCACUGCAACAAAAGUAAAGUGUGUUCCUUAAAAAAAAGUAGAAAUAGGAAUACUGUAUAACACAUUACACAUAUUACUUGAUAAUUUGUGUGCGUACAGGUUUGCACAUUCCAUCAUUGUGUGUGAUACUAAAUACUGUAUGUUAAGUGUGUGUUCUUCUGCUUCAUUACUUUAUAACGUCUGUUUGACAUCUCUCAAAGAUGCUCUUUGAGUUCUCCCAGUUCUCAAAUGAAUCAUUUCAUCUGUAUUUUAUUCUUUGCCACUUGUGGUACCCAGUUUAUUAUUUAUUUCCCUUCCAAAAUGCUUGGCUGAGCAUGUCUUAAAGUAACCUCUUACAGGUGGAAACUGAACCCUUUAUUAAAGGACCGAAGCUAAUAUUUAAUAUAAAUUAAUACAAGUUUCCAUCUUUUAAUGUGUUUCAUUUCCAAAGUUGACAUUCACAGUACUGUGAAUCCUCUCAACUAUUAUUGGUGUUAAUCCCAUGAUAAAAUGUUGAAAAUGUAAAUACUUUUUAUUUUCAGUGUUUCUGUAGUCAGUUGUAGCAAUCAAUGAAAAUUUUGCUUUCCCUGAAUUAUUUAACUUCGAUGUGGAGUUACGCUCGCAGUAGAAAUUAUAUAAUUCUUCACGUACCUGUGCCAACUGCCCUAUACAUGUUAAUCGUUCAUGUUAAAAAUAAUACAAUGUGUACCAUGUGGUGUACAGAUCAACUCUGCUCACACCACAUGUGAUAAUUAAUGUACAGCCAAUGUUUUAAAGUUUUCAUCACAUUAUAUAUUUGCAACCAAACGUUUGGUAAAAAUAAAUAUUACCAAAUGAGGUUGUCUUGUUCUGGGUUCAUAAUCAUUAAAGUCAUACCUGCUCACUACAGUUAAGUUUGUCAUUGUGCCGUGGUGUUUCAUAGUAGUAUUAGUGGGAGAUGUGUCAUAGCUAUUUAAAUUAACAUUAAUAUACGUGUUUGGUGGCAGAAUGUGAGACGUAGAGAUAACUUACAAAAUACAAUCAUCUGUGGUCUGUCUCUUCGAUGUAUGAAUGCUAAUCUUAACCUUUUCCUCAUAGUUUUAUAUACUUGUUUCACUUUCAUUAUUAUAGUUUAUCCAUCAGUAGCGUAUAAAUUUCUCAGUGUUUACCAUGGGAGUGCCAAAACCAUUUCAGACAAUGGGAGGGAGGGGGGGGGGCUGGUGAUAUCCUCAUAUAGUAUAGGGGCAUGAGGUCACCCUUCACUUACGCUACAUGGAACCCCUCAGAAAGAAAAGAAAAUAUUGGUGAAGACUAGAUAUUGGUUAUUAAACAUUUGGGACUAAUGUUAUCUCCGACUCAUCCUUUAAAAUUGACAUACAUACACACUGCAGUACUAUCUGGUACUGUCCCUCGCAAAAAAAGUAUUUAAAUUUCCCGUUGAUAAUUAGUUUCCAAGCUCCUCUUGAUUCUGGUCAGCCUCUGCCAUAGCAGGAAAGGGCUCGCAAGAGUGAGUAAAAAAAAAGUUUAGUUUUCCUCACGUCAAAAUGUUUACUUUCGUCUCAUUUCCAUACCCAAAAUUUACAAUUUUAAUAUAUUCUUGUACUGUACUUGCUUAGGUAGCACCUUUAUUGUUCACUUAUUUGCUUUUUAUCAGUAGCAAUUGGUGUUUAAUUUAAUUUAUAUAAUAACUAAACAGUACAGAGUUUUCAGCAAAUAAUUCCAUGUGUAGUCAUUUUAAGCACUAAAGGUGUGGAGAGAUUAAGCAGGUGGAAUAUUUGAGGAAAAUUUAUGCAUGUUUCAUCCUAUUUUGAAUAGACAAAACACCAUAGAUGAGACUGACACAAUAUUGUACAUUUUCCAGUGUAACACAAUGAGAGUUUGUCAUGGUCAAAAUAUUAAAAGCAAGACACACAGUAAUAAGUAUUUAUAGCACGGGUAAAUUCUCAGCUGCCACUGAAUACACAAUGAAGUACUGUACGCCAUAUUCUUUAUUUAUACUACAUGUUUCCUUCAUAAUGGUGGCAUUAGUCAUCUCAAGUAAACUUGGUUGCAGGUCAAAUUGGUCCCAUAUACAAUAGGUUCUGACCUAAAUGAACCAUUAGGAUUGGGACCUGUUAGGAUUGGGUCCCAUUAGGACUGAGCCCCAAUUUUAAUGGUUAGGUUAGGUUUGGUCCUAUUAGGCAGGACAGGCCCAUUUUACCAAUCGACCAUAUCCUCUGUUCAGACUGCUGUAUUUUUGUUUUCUGUACAACAUACUCUGAUGUUGUGUCAUACCUCCAUUAAUAGCAUAUACAAUUAAGGAUAAAUGGUCUCAGAAACAAUUAAGUAAAACAGGUCAUUUUUUAUUAAGAUGAUGCUAUUUUGUUAACCUUAGCUAAAUGUUGUGGAUAAAAAAUUUCAUGACUUGUUGACUGAAAUGGUUUUGUUAAUGUGUAUAAAAUAUCUGAAUAAAUUGUUAAUUGCCCUUCAAAA